AAUAACACGUAACCGACUAGGAAAGUUCUAUCGUCUCUUUCUAUGUGAGCUUCGAGAUAUGAAUUAGUGAAUGGUCUUUUCGAAGAACAAAAGGCGGUGUUGCAUUUGCAUUCAUGGCGUCGAAACUUCAUCUCCUAGUCUGCUACGUUUUUCUUCUCGGAUUUGCAUCUGCAUCUGAUUUUUCUGGAAUAUCGCUUACAUCUUCUUCCCCCGAUUCGCCGAAAGUCUCGCUGGGCCUCUACUACGAGUCUCUAUGUCCUUACUGCUCUUCCUUCAUAGUUAACCACCUCGCGAAGCUCUUCGAAGACGACCUCAUAUCCAUCGUCGAUCUCCAUCUGUCUCCGUGGGGCAACACCAAGCUCCGACCCGAUAACGUCACUGUCGUUUGCCAGCACGGGGCAUUUGAGUGCUUCCUGGAUACCGUAGAAGCUUGUGCAAUUGAUGCUUGGCCUAAAUUGAGCGAUCAUUUCCCGUUCAUCUACUGUAUUGAGAGUUUGGUGAUUGAACACAAGUACGACAAGUGGGAGACUUGUUAUGAGAAGCUCAAUCUGAACUCAAAACCUGUUGCCGAUUGUCUCAGCAGUGGACAUGGAAACGAGCUUGUGUUGCAGUAUGCUGCAGAAACGAGUGCACUUCAGCCGCCUCAUAAAUAUGUGCCGUGGGUAGUCGUGGAUGGGCAGCCACUUUAUGAGGAUUAUGAAAACGUCAUAAGCUACAUCUGCAAGGCUUACAAAGGUAAUAAAGUGCCUGGCGCGUGUGCCAAAUAUUCAUCCCGCAACUUCAUUCGCAGUGUCAAAGUGAAUCGCUUCCCUCUGGUUUGCUGGAUUGGCGUCAAUUCGAUGUGGGAUGUGUUGGAACGUGUCAAAACCUCUUUAUUGUCGUACAUCGACAUUACUGGCCUGCUAUAAACACUUCCUCUUUCUUCUAUCAUAUGUUACAUGAGUACAUGACACCCUAAAAAAGCUAUCUAGAUUCUGAGGUUUGAUGAAUAUUAAUAAAUAUAAAUAUCAGAAUGUAUGUUUGUUGGGGUUGUGUGAGCGACCUGUUUAAAACUCAUAUUAGUCUUAUAAAUUUGUGUUGUUCGUUGUGA